AUGGAAUGCUCCUUUACUCUCUUAGAAGUCUUGCUCCAACAUCACAUCUCAGUGUGGACUUUGCUAACUACUUAUUAAAAAGACUUACUCCUCUCCAGCACUUCUUACAGCCCUCUCAUCCUUAUUUUUCUUCAUAACAUUUACCAACAUCUGACAUACUAUAUACUUGAUAGACUCGAUUGAUUUAUUGUUCACCAACCUUCACUAAACAUAAGCCGUGUCCUCAGAACUAAACAAUGCAUGUAAAACAGCCCACAGUCUAUAAAUUACGCUAUGCAUUGAUUGAAAGAGUAAAUAAAUGUGUUUGGAGAGGCAAGGGUCUGUGCAUGAAUGCCUCUUGCCCUGAUGAUGUUUGUGGCAGAACACUUAACUGCAUGUCCCCAUGUGAUUGCUCCUUGCCAAACCCCUUCUCUGGAGAUCACUGAAAGUCACUAAUUGUGAUCUCAGCUGUGUACUUUGUCCUUCCUUCUUUGUGGAGUGUCUUUGAGUUCCCACAAGGGCCAGGAGAGCUGUCUGUUCUGGAGCUUUUCUCUGCAGCAUGAUCAAGAUGGCACUCAAAAAGAGUGAGUGAAAUGUGCAGCUCAGAGUGUCGUUUCUGAAGGGAGGAGUCUUUCUCUUGGAGAAGAGUCCUCAAUGAGCCUGGCCGAGGCCCGGGAUCUGUGUGAAGUGGACUAAGGAUUAAGUAGGAUGUCAACUGAGACAGAACUUCAAGUAGCUGUGAAAACCAGCGCCAAGAAAGACUCCAGAAAGAAAGGUCAGGAUCGCAGUGAAGCCACUUUGAUAAAGAGGUUUAAAGGUGAAGGGGUCCGGUACAAAGCCAAAUUGAUCGGGAUUGAUGAAGUUUCCGCAGCUCGGGGAGACAAGUUAUGUCAAGAUUCCAUGAUGAAACUCAAGGGUGUUGUUGCUGGCGCUCGUUCCAAAGGAGAACACAAACAGAAAAUCUUUUUAACCAUCUCCUUUGGAGGAAUCAAAAUCUUUGAUGAGAAGACAGGGGCCCUUCAGCAUCAUCAUGCUGUUCAUGAAAUAUCCUACAUUGCGAAGGACAUUACAGAUCACCGGGCCUUUGGAUAUGUUUGUGGGAAGGAAGGGAAUCAUAGAUUUGUGGCCAUAAAAACAGCCCAGGCGGCUGAACCUGUUAUUCUGGACUUGAGAGAUCUCUUUCAACUCAUUUACGAAUUGAAGCAAAGAGAAGAAUUAGAAAAAAAGGCACAAAAGGAUAAGCAGUGUGAACAAGCUGUGUACCAGACAAUAUUGGAAGAGGAUGUUGAAGAUCCUGUGUACCAGUACAUUGUGUUUGAGGCUGGACACGAGCCAAUCCGUGAUCCCGAAACGGAAGAAAACAUUUAUCAGGUUCCCACCAGCCAAAAGAAGGAAGGUGUUUAUGAUGUGCCAAAAAGCCAACCUGUAAGUAACGGCUGUUCGUUUGAGGAUUUUGAAGAACGGUUUGCUGCAGCCACCCCAAACAGAAACCUGCCCAUGGACUUAGAUGAGAUUUUUGAGGCAACAAAGGCUGUGACCCAAUUAGAACUUUUUGGGGACAUGUCCACACCCCCUGAUAUAACCUCUCCCCCCACUCCUGCAACUCCAGGUGAUGCCUUUAUCCCAUCUUCAUCUCAGACCCUUCCAGCGAGUGCAGAUGUGUUUGGUUCUGUACCUUUCGGCACUGCUGCUGUACCCUCAGGUUAUGUUGCAAUGGGCGCUGUCCUCCCGUCCUUCUGGGGCCAGCAGCCCCUCGUCCAACAGCAGAUGGUCAUGGGUGCCCAGCCACCAGUCACUCAGGUGAUGCCGGGGACUCAGCCCAUCGCAUGGGGCCAGCCGGGUCUCUUUCCUGCCACUCAGCAGCCCUGGCCAACUGUGGCCGGGCAGUUUCCUCCAGCCGCCUUCAUGCCCACACAAACUGUUAUGCCUUUGCCAGCUGCCAUGUUCCAAGGUCCCCUCACCCCCCUCGCCACCGUCCCAGGCACGAGUGACUCCACCAGGUCAAGUCCACAGACCGACAAGCCCAGGCAGAAAAUGGGGAAAGAAACGUUUAAGGAUUUCCAGAUGGCCCAGCCUCCGCCCGUGCCCUCCCGCAAACCUGACCAGCCCUCCCUCACCUGUACCUCAGAGGCCUUCUCCAGUUACUUCAACAAAGUCGGGGUGGCACAGGAUACAGACGACUGUGAUGACUUUGACAUCUCCCAGUUGAAUUUGACCCCUGUGACUUCUACCACACCAUCGACCAACUCACCUCCAACCCCAGCCCCUAGACAGAGCUCUCCAUCCAAAUCAUCUGCAUCCCAUGCCAGUGAUCCUACCACAGAUGACAUCUUCGAAGAGGGCUUCGAAAGUCCCAGCAAAAGCGAAGAGCAAGAAGCUCCUGAUGGAUCACAGGCCUCAUCCAACAGUGAUCCAUUUGGUGAGCCCAGUGGGGAGCCCAGUGGUGAUAAUAUAAGUCCACAGGCCAGUAGCUAGAUAGCGCAGGUCUGGGAGCCGGAGCCUCUCUACGCACAGAUCAACAGACCUAAGAAAUAACAUCGAUGCGAGCUCGUGGCAGGUGCUCAAGACUGGCAUGGACAUCAGCAUCACGACAGGCUCUCUUGUAUUCUUUCACCUCAUCCCACAAGAAAUUCAUGAUUGCCCAGUGGAACUCGCUCAGAAGAGGGAGCUAAGCGUUUUUGGCAACUAAUGGCAGAUAUCCAUGGCAGCACACAAAAAAAGUAUGAAAAGAUCCACCCAACAUUAAAUCACAAAUCAAGCAAAUGCUUACCCAACAAAUAUUUGAGCUCUCGUAGCUGGGUUUAAGAUAACCCACUGUGCAAAAUCUUUAAUUCUCUUUUUAUUUCUCUACCUGUUGACCACGGUAGAGAUACCAAAUUUGGAGUGACAGGCAUCAGAGGAUUACAACAGGGUUGGAACUGACUUCUUUAAGCAAAAAUGAGGGUCUUCUGUGAUCACAAUAUCAUCAUCCAUAAGUCUUUUGACAUAGGAUGAUGUGUUUUUGUCACUCCGUGGAGCCUGGUCUGCCAUUUUCUCCCCUUUCCUUUCUUUGUCAUGUUUGAAAAUUAAUGUGUACAAAUUUUUGUAUUGCUUUUGACUUUUUUUUAGAAAUGGGUGAAGAAAUCUACCUGGGGAGAAAAAAACACCUCAAUGAAAUGAAUUAACUUGAAAUUACAAGACAAAUAAGUGGUUGAUUAUUCAUUAUGAUCAAGAAUGUUGCCAAAACAACCCUUUAGCUAUUCUGCAUCCUGGUGAAGAAAGACAGCUUUCAGUUUGAACCUUCAUCCUGUGAGUAGGAAAAGACAUCAGAUCCCAUUGAUGAGAAAGAUGAAAAAUGCAUCUGAUUUCCUAAGAAGCUCUAAACUCUAAGUACAAUAAAAUAUUUUUUAUUUUUCCGAUAUCUUGCUGCUGUGAUGCUAUGCAGACAAGUGUCUUCUCCACGUGCCAUUUUCAAAGAAAAGUCAUUUGCCAAAUAAUUCUGGUACAAUUCUGGUAAUGUGGUUUUGGAUCUUAAAAACCAACUUUCUAAUGGAACAAUGGUGGCAUAAAUAUUCAGAAUAACAAACUGAUUCCGUGGUCCAGAUGGUUCAUCUCUAUCUCUUUUUGUACAUCAGAAAAUUCAAAUGGGAUUUUUAUUUUAUAACUUGAAAAAAAAAAAAAACCUUACCAUUAAACUCUUUAAAUAUUUAAGGGAAAUGGCUUUAAGGAGUUCUAAUGAAAAAAAAAUUGUCAUUUUUUUUUUGUAAAUAUAAAUGGUAAUGAAAAUGCUUUUUAAUAAUGCCAUUACACUGUAGAGAAGGUAGCAGAUUGAGUGCAAGGUGUGACAAACUUGAUGGAUGGGGCUCACUUUCCAGAUAUUAUUCUGGAGCAUAUGGUAGGAAGCUGGAGUGCAGGGACAGCUGGCAGGAGCAGUUGGCCAAUCAGCAGCUAGUGAACGGGAAGGGAGCGCGUGACUCUGUCAUCUAGUCUUUCCACAAGAGUUCCCGCCCUACAAGCAACACAAGAAAAAGACAAUUCACAUUCUGAAGAAUUCAGAUUCUGAAACACUCCCACCUCCCCACUCCCACCUACCCCCAUAUAAAUCACUGGACUGUUUGUAUGUGAAACAGAAGAGGCUAAGCUUCCUUUUUUUACACUUAUGAGACAAAAAGUGCAGUGUUCGGUUCGUAUGUUUAGCACAUGAUUUUCAUAAAGAAUCUAUAUAUUUUUGCCCUACAGAGAAUUGUUAUACAGGUCAAAUGUGUUUUCCUGAUGUUCCUAUGCAGUUAUAGUAUGUUGAAUUUAGUGUUUUAACACUAAGAAGAAAACUUCUAAGAUUCAUGUGAUUAAUUGGAUUUGGGGAUAAUUAUUAUUACUUGGUUUUGAGAUUUGAAAAGUAGAAUUUCCAUUGAUAUGAUUAAUUUGAAUAGGCCUGUAUUUGGUUCUUUGUAUCAAUAGAAACUAAAAUGAUUUGGAAGAUUGAUUUGAAAAUGAUUGCAUAAUUGUUCACAAAGAGAAAAGUGAUACAUCAAGGUAAUGGUUCUCAUUUAAAGCCCACAUUUUACACUAUCAGGUCACAGGAGUCUAAUUUUUUUUUUCAGUUAGAUAAACUGACCAAAUGUCUGUUCAAGAAUAUAUGUAAAUGUCAUCCUAAUGUGGAAGGUCCGAAGAACCAGAAAAGUGAGAAGGGCUGUUUACCUCCCUCUGUAGCUAUCACCUGUUGGUCCGCGGGGUUUCUCGAGGAAUGAGCAAACAUUUUAUGAUUAGGUAACCCUUUCACAUGAAGGGGAAGAUGGGAAAGGUUUGAUGACCAGUUCAAUUGUGUUUUCUGGGGAUCUGAUAAGAUAGGCAGUUCCCGUGGGAAAUUGCUUCAAUUUCUUUGUUGUCCAUGAUUUGAUUCUAAACAAGUGGUGCUAUCUUCUCCCUCAAUAUGGCUGUCUUGAAUUUGUCUUGCAGCAUCACACCGUUAUACCAGUUCUUUGGGUUGCUUCUGACACAUUCAAAGUGAACUCUGGCUGAUGUUGCUGUUUCAGGUAUACCAUCUGGAUUUACUUUUCUAGUAGAAGGUGAAAGUCCGGGGGACUUGUCCUCCUUCAUUGAACAUGACUGAAACUAUAACUGGCUGUGAACUUAAAGAAGAUGCCCAAGUGAUGCAUUAAAGCGAGGGAAAUAAAGUCAAGAUUUUUAAACUGCCAUCCCUAUUCUCAUUGGCAGAAUUCUGAUUGUUUUUCCAAGCACUGUUUGGUGAGCCCGGAACCAGCGUAUCCUGUCCCAGGAAUACAGUGAAAUUUCCAAGCAAGAGCUGAGGUGCCAAUACUAAAAGACCGUGGGGAGUCUGCACAGUUCUGGUUAAAUCAAUAAAAAAUCCAUGUGUACAACUGUUAAUUCCUCAUCCUCCACUAGCACUAAAUUUGUCACUUUAAAUUUUGAAACCAGGGAAACGCCACCUGUCAUUCUGUCCCCAUUCUCCAUAGCUCUUCAAUCUUUACAUGCCGCAAGACGUUUUUGAUAGCUUGUACUCAUCCCAGUGUCUCCUGAAACCCCAUUAUGUAAUGUACCGGGCACCUUCUUUUAAACAAAUGUUUACUCUGUGGGUUUGGUUCAUUUCAAUUUCUGCGUUCUGACACAUAUUUUUUUAAUAAAGAUGAGAAAGAGAAAAUGACUGUUGCAGUACAUUUCUAGACCUACUUUAACUUUACCUCAGAUGACAGUUUGUUAACAUAUAUGGACACAUUAUUUUUAACUUUAUGUACAAUGCAUUCAACAGAACAGCAAAAUUUUUAGAAAUUUUCCAUUAAUUUCUGUAACACACCAUGUAAAACUGUUACAAAUAAACAUGUUUGAGAACAACA